AUGAAAGACGGUGCAACAUCAGCAGCAUUAUUAGAACAUAAUAACCGAGAGCUUAAAAGGCCAGACAUUGAUUAUGGAACAGAAUCUAAAUCGACUACAGAAACAACUGAAAAACGACGAACUCUAACUCGUAAAGAAGCCUUUCGUGUUGAUCCUACAACGAAUACUCAUACAAAACAUAGACAUUAUAAAAAACAAGAUCAGAUACCUUUAACAACUGAUCAUGAAAAUGAGUGGUCUAAUUCAAUAAAAGAUGAUCCAAAUUCUGGUGAAUAUGAUACUGAUUUGAAUACAUUUAUUAAAGAUAAUCUUUCACGUACUGUAACACAUGAUUUUCAAAAUGAUGAACAACAACCAGAUUUACAGUUAAUUGAUGCUAAAGAGAAAGAAUCAUUAACUGAUGCUGAAUUAGUAGAAUAUUUUGCAGAACGUAUGCGUACACUUCCACUUAUAUACGGUUUUAAAACAUCCGAACGAUAUGAUAUAAUGCAAAAAGCUAUGUCGGUUAAUCAUGAUAAGGAUACGCAUGUUACAUCCAGGUUGCAUGAAACACGACAUCGUCCGACAGUGCAUGCUUCUACUGAAACAUCCAGACAUAAUUCUUUUAAAUCAAAAUCUAAAGAAAAAUUUUUUCUUCCAAAAAUUAAUUCAACACCCAGUGAUCACGACCAUCAAACAAAUACUUCGACUGGUCCAGUAAUAACAUCCUCAUUUCGAAGUGGUACCGAUCGAUUUCCUAGAAAAAUAAGAAAAAUACCUGGUCCCGGCAUGUAUGAUAGACUUUUUGAAUAUCCAACUCAGAAACAACUUGUUUCAUUUCUAUCACGUGGAAUCUAUUUUAGUUCUAGUUUUACAUAA